AUGAGGGUUCGAAAUAACGGUUGGGGGCAGUGUUUAUGGUGGUUUGAGGAGAGCGGGCUAGUGGCUGACGAAGAUGAAGGGAGGACUUAUGGUGUUCAGCUGGUGACAGUUGCUGGAGCAAGGGUGGCAACGUUGAUGGAGGUUGAAGAUAGAGGAUUGUGGCUGCUUGAUAUGACUACUUUCGAUGAAGGAAUGACAACUAGAGGUGCUUUUGGGUGA